AAAUUUCUGGGCCUCCUUUUUAUUUGAAUAAUUCUGGAAAAUCUCAUGCCAUUGAAAACCAAAUCAAGUUGGAAAAAUGUGAAAAAGACUCACUUGAAGACUUUCGUAGACCUUUGGCUUCCCGAGCAUUGACUAUCUCCUUGGAACCAGAAUUACAGAAUUAUUUUAAAUCAAGAUAUCAAUAUGAAUAA